AUGAGUCUCGUCCACAUCUUGUUCCUUUGCGGGCUUUUUGCCGUGAAUGUCGCUCAGGAAUGUUCCUCUGGAUUACCAGCUUUCAACACAUGCCAGCAAAUGGCUCCAGCUGAUGGAGGUGGAUAUAAGUGCAUUCAGGACUCGUCUUUGGGAUGCGAAGAAAUUGAUGGCAACUACUAUUGCUGUCCCGUGACGACAACCACCACAACAACCACUACAACAACGACAACAACCACAACUACAACAACUACAACUACAACAACGACAACAACGACAACAACAACCACUACAACUACGACAACAACCACCACGACUACAACAACCACAACUACAACAACUACAACUACAACUACAACUACAACAACGACAACAACCACAACUACAACAACGACAACAACGACCACAACAACUACAAGUACAACUACAACAACGACAACAACGACAACAACAACCACUACAACUACGACAACAACCACCACGACUACAACAACCACAACUACAACAACUACAACUACAACUACAACUACAACAACGACAACAACCACAACUACAACAACGACAACAACGACCACAACAACUACAAGUACAACUACAACAACCACUACAACAACAACUACAACGACCACGACAACGACAACAACCACAACUACAACAACGACAACAACAACUACAACUACAACUACAACAACCACUACAACAACAACUACAACGACCACGACUACAACAACGACAACAACAACCACUACAACUACGACAACAACCACCACGACUACAACAACCACAACUACAACAACUACAACUACAACAACGACAACAACCACAACUACAACAACGACAACAACGACAACAACAACUACAACAACGACAACUACAACUACAACUACAACUACAACAACCACUACAACAACAACUACAACGACCACGACAACGACAACAACCACAACUACGACAACGACAACCACAACUACAACAACGACAACAACAACUACAACUACAACUACAACGACCACGACUACAACAACGACAACUACAACUACAACUACAACAACCACUACAACAACAACUACAACGACCACGACUACAACAACGACAACAACAACUACAACUACAACUACAACGACCACGACUACAACAACGACAACAACGACAACAACAACCACUACAACUACGACAACAACCACCACGACUACAACAACCACUACUACCACAACAACAACAACAACUACAACGACCACAACUACAACUACAACUACAACCACGACGACAACGACGACAACCACCACAACUACAACCACUACAACCACGACAACCACCACGACAACCACUACAACAACGACAACAACUACAAUGACCACAACAACAACAACAACAACAACUACAACCACAACGACAACUACAACUACAACAACCACUACAACAACAACCACGACGACUACAACAACGACAACAACGACAACAACAACUACAACAACGACAACUACAACUACAACUACAACAACCACUACAACAACAACUACAACGACCACGACAACGACAACAACCACAACAACAACAACAACAACAACAACAACUACGACAACGACGACAACAACAACUACUACCACAACCACUACAACCACCACAACCCAACAACCACGACAACAACGACAACAACGACAACGACCACAACAACCACCACGACCACAACCACGACAACAACCACGACCACAACAACCACCACUACAACCACUACAACCACCACUACCACAACAACAACCACAACUACAACCACGACGACCACGACCACAACUACAACUACAACGACCACGACAACAACCACAACUACAACGACCACGACAACAACCACAACUACAACCACCACAACGACGACAACUACAACCACGACAACUACUACUACAACGACCACGACAACGACCACAACGACGACAACAACCACGACAACGACGACAACCACCACGACUACCACCACAACGACCACAACUACUACCACUACAACCACCACUACCACAACAACAACCACAACUACAACGACCACGACCACGACCACAACUACGACGACCACAACUACAACAACAACGACAACCACUACGACAACGACGACAACAACGACGACAACGACGACAACAACCACGACCACAACAACCACCACUACAACCACUACCACCACCACUACCACAACUACAACGACCACGACGACGACCACAACUACAACGACCACGACGACGACCACAACCACAACCACAACCACCACAACCACUACUACUACUACAACUACAACGACCACAACUACAACGUCGACAACUACUACUACCACGACCACAACAACCACAACGACAACCACUACGACAACGACGACAACAACCACCACUACAACCACUACCACCACCACAACAACAACCACAACUACAACGACCACAACUACAACUACAACUACAACCACGACGACAACGACGACAACCACCACAACUACAACGACGACGACCACUACUACCACAACGACAACCACUACAACCACGACAACUACUACUACAACGACCACAACAACAACUACAACUACAACGAGCACGACCACGACGACAACCACAACCACUACUACUACUACUACAACGACAACAACUACAACGACGACAACAACAACAACUACAACCACCACGACUACUACUACCACAACUACAACUACGACGACGACAACAACCACAAGCACCACAACCACAACUACAACUACAACGACCACAACUACAACAACGACAACUACAACCACGACAACAACAACUACAACCACCACAACCACAACCACAACUACAACGUCCACAACUACAACAUCUACAACCACGACAACAACAACUACAACUACAACGACGACGACGACAACUACCACAACCACCACAACCACGACGACCACCACUACAACCACCACAACCACAACUACAACGACCACAACUACAACAACGACCACAACAACAACUACAACUACAACGACUACAACUACAACUACAACCACCACAACCACAACCACGACAACCACAACUACAACUACAACGACGACGACGACAACCACCACAACCACAACCACGACAACAACAACAACAACAACAACAACAACAACAACGACGACAACCACCACAACUACAACUACCACAACUACGUCAACUACAACAACCACUACAACCACGACGACAACCACAACUACAAGUACAACAACAACGACAACCACAACAACCACAACAACCACGUCGACCACAACAACCACUACUACCACAACUACAACCACAACGACGACUACUACUACGACUACGACCACGACCACGACUACUACCACGACGACAACUACUACAACUACUACGACAACAACUACUACGACAACGACCACUACAACGACGACAACUACCACGACGACUACGACGACGACCACUACUACGACGACAACUACUUCGACAACAACCACUACAACGACGACGACUACCACCACUACUACUACGACAACCACUACUACGACUACUACUACGACGACUACGACGACCACGACUACUACUACGACAACCACUUCUACGACGACCACUACCACGACCACUACUACGACAACAACUACUACGACCACAACCACUACAACGACGACCACUACGACGACUACUACCACGACCACCACGACCACAACCACUACCACGACCACAACCACUACCACAACGUCGACGACUACUACUACGACGACUACUACCACGACUACUACCACGACUACUACUACGUCGACAACGACUACUACGACCACGACGACGACGACUUCAACUACCACCACGACGACGACGACUACUACCACGUCGACAACUACUACUACGACCACUACUACGACCACUACGACGACUACUACUACGACCACGACGACGAGCACUACUACGACAACAACUACAACCACGACGACAACAACUGCAACCACGACGACAACUACUACAACGACGACGACUACUAGCACGACGACGACCACGACUACUACAACGACCACCACGACGACCACGACCACGACCACAACUACAACGACCACAACUACAACGACCACAACUACAACGACCACAACUACAACGACCACAACGACGACGACUACCACUACUACAACGACCACGACUACUACGCACGACGACGACUACUACUACGACGAUACACGACGACUACUACGACCACGACCACCACGACGACUACUACUACCACCUCGACGACGACAACUACGACAACGUCGACGACUACUACGACGACUACUACGACGACCACUACUACUACUACUACGACGACUACUACGACGACUUCUACUACUACUACUACGACGACUACUACUACUACUACGUCGACAACGACUACUACGACCACGACGACCACACGACGGGACGACGUCUACUACGACCACCACGACCUACUACUACCACCGACAACGACAACUACGACAACGUCGACCACUACUACGACGACUACUACGACUACUACUACGACGACUACUACGACGACUACUACUACUACUACUACGACGACUACUACGACGACUACUACUACUACGUCGACAACGACUACUACGACCACGACGACGACGACGUCUACUACCACCACCACGACCACGACAACUACUACAACGUCGACGACUACUACGACGACCACUACUACUACUACUACGACGACUACUACGACGACUUCUACUACUACUACUACGACGACUACUACGACGACUACUACUACUACUACGUCGACAACGACUACUACGACCACGACGACGACGACGUCUACUACCACCACCACGACCACGACAACUACUACAACGUCGACCACCACUACUACGACCACUACUACUACUACUACGACGACUACUACGACUACUACUACUACGACCACGACGACGACUACUACUACGACGAGUACUACGACGACUACUACGACGACCACCACGACGACUACUACUACCACCUCGACGACGACAACUACGACAACGUCGACGACUACUACGACGACUACUACGACGACUACUACGACGACUACUACUACUACUACGUCGACAACGACUACUACGUCGACCACCACUACGACGACCACUACUACUACUACUACGACGACUACUACGACGACUACUACUACUACUACGUCGACAACGACUACUACGACCACGACGACUUCUACUUCUACCACAACGACGACGACUACUACCACGUCGACAACGACCACUACCCCGACCACGACGACGACUACUACUACCACCACGACGACGACGACAACUACUACAACGUCGACGACUACUACGACCACGACGACGUCUACUACUACCACAACGACUACUACUACCACCUCGACGACGACAACUACGACAACGUCGACGACUACUACGACGACUACUACGACGACUUCUACUACUACUACUACGACGACUACUACGACGACUACUACGACGACUACUACUACUACUACUACGUCGACAACGACUACUACGACCACGACGACGACGACGUCUACUACCACCACCACGACCACGACAACUACUACAACGUCGACCACCACUACGACGACCACUACUACUACUACGACGACUACUACGACGACUACUACUACUACUACGUCGACAACGACUACUACGACCACGACGACGACUACUACCACGUCGACGACUACUACUACGACCACUACUACUACUACUACUACGACGACGACGACUACUACUACUACUACGACGACGACGACUACUACGACCACUACUACGACGACUACUACGACUACUACUACGACUACUACGACGACCACUACUACUACUACUACGACGACUACUACGACGACACACUACUACGACCACGACGACGAGUACUACGACGACUACCACGACGACUACUACCACCACUACCACUACGACGACAACUACUACAACGUCGACGACUACUACGGCGACAACGACUACCACGACCACGACGACGUCUACUACUACCACAACGACUACUACUACCACCACGACGACAACUACUACAACGUCGACGACUACUACUACGACCACCACUACUACUACGACGACUAGUACGACUACUAGUACUACUACUACGUCGACAACGACUACUACGACCACGACGACGACUACUACUACCACCACGACGACGACAACUACUACAACGUCGACGACUACUACUACUACUACGACGACUAGUACGACGACGACCACGACGACGACGUCGACUACUACCACGACGACGACUACUACUACCACGACGACUACUACCACCACCACGACUACUACAACGUUCGAUAACCACUUCUACGGUGACUAUGGCCUCUACUAGUACUGUAUCUACGACCAUUACAAGCUCGACUGUCACCACAGCGACCACGACCAUUGGAUCGACGACAACGGGUGUUUGCCGCGACAAUGCAACCUAUUGCGCCACAAACACGAAUAUGUGCACAAAUACAUUAUAUGCAGGGGUCAUGAAGAUCAACUGCGCGUACAGCUGUGGCUUCUGUAGCAAUACCACCACGGCAGCCACCACCACCAUGGCCACAACCACCACUUACACUUGCACUGACAAAACAAGCGUUAACUGUGCGGGAAACACGGGCAUGUGCGCGAAUCCCACCUAUGAAGCGUACAUGACGGCCAAUUGUCCGGUGACUUGUGGAAAGUGUCCAACAACUACCACCACAGCCGCCACUACAACGAAGCCCUAUAUCUGCGCGGACAAUGCCACUUAUUGCACAAAGAACGCUGCCAUGUGCAAUAAUUCUAUGUACCGUCAAUUGAUGACAACGAAUUGUCCAUCGACUUGCGGCCUUUGCUCCAAUGAGUCCGCUCAAUGUAUCGGCAAAAGUGAUUUCACCAACUGCACUGUUUGGAAGAACAACGGCUUCUGUGACAGUAACUUCUACACGGAUGCAACGAAGAUGUCUUGGUGCCCAACAACGUGCGAAUAUUGUGGACCAAACGCUUGCAUCGAUUAUCAUAACAACUGCUCGGUUUGGGCUGCGAACGGUUUCUGUACCAGUGAUGCUUACACGGCUCAAGAAAAGAGCUAUUACUGUCAGAGAACGUGCGGACUUUGCGGAAAUUGCUCGGAUCAACACAGCAAUUGCUCGGUCUGGGCUUCAAACGGCUUCUGCUCGUCGAGCGCUUACAACUCCACGAUGAAGAAACAAUAUUGCGCCAAGACUUGCGGAUAUUGUGGACUCUUCUGCGCCGAUCUCCAGAACAACUGCACGACAUGGAAGGCUAACGGUUUCUGCUCAAGCUCGGCCUACAAUGACACCACCAAAGCCUACUAUUGCUCGUUCAGUUGUGGAUUCUGCGCCGCUUCGACGACGGCGGCUCCAUGCGCCGAUGUGCACAGCAACUGCACUGUUUGGGCGUCAAACGGUUUCUGCAACAGCACCGCGUACACGGAUGCUCAGAAGACGCAGUAUUGUUCAAAGACAUGUGGUUACUGUGGUACGACGACGUAUCGCACUACAACAAAGGCGACCACAAUAAAGACCACGACAAAACCAUGCACAGAUCUGUAUCCUGACAGUUGUCCCGUGUGGAAUUCAAACGGCUUCUGCAGCAGCACCUCGUACGAUUCGGUGACCAAAGCGGCGAAUUGCGCAAAGACAUGCGGCUACUGCAAG